AUGUUGGUUUUGUGUUCGAAAAUAUUAGUGAUUUUAGUACUAGCACAAUAUGUAACAAGUGUAGAAUUUUAUAAAAGCAAGCGAGUUCCACCAAAAUAUAAAGAAAUAAGAAGAACAUACUCCUUAAAAGAAGAAGAAAAUGUUGAUAGUACACCUGCUGAUACGUUCCUUGAGAAGAACACUGAUCGAGAUACAUCUAUUGGUAAUAUAGAAACUACUGAUGAUAACCAACCUAGUUUUACUACUAUUUUAACAAAUGAUAAUGGGGGCACUAUUGAUUAUCCUUUGAAAAAGAAUGAAGAAAAAGAUAAAACUGAACCUGUUGAAGCAGAUGUUAAUAAUAACAGUGACCAGGCCAAGGAGUCUAUUGAUAAUAUACAAAGCACAGAGAACGAGCAAACAAGUUUUACAACUACAGUAAAACCUAAAAGACGUCCUUUCAAUCUUCGAAAAAAAAGUAAAUCUUCUGAAAUAGAUAUUAAUGUGAGCAAUGACAGAGACAAAGUAUCGAUUGAAAAAAUACAAACCACUAAUAAAAAGCAAUUUAGUUUAACUACUAGUACAAUAAUGGCUAAAAGACGUAAUUUUAAUCUUCGUCCUAUUAGGAACAAGGGAGAUAAAGCUCCAAACAAACCUUUAGAAACAUUUGUUAAAGAUAAUAUUGAUAAAGACGAAGAAACCAUUGAUGAUAAACAAAUAACCGAGGAAAAGAAACCUGUUGUAAGUACAACUACAAUUAAGCCUAAAAGACGUUUUUCUCAUCUUCGUACUUUGAAAAAUAGAAGAGAAAAGGUUCAAACUGUACCUGCUACAACAUCUGAUAUCGUAAACACUAACCAAGACAAAGUAUCCAAUGGUAAUUUACAAACUAUUAGAGAAGAGAUACCUGUUGCAACUACUAGAAAAAUGAAACCUUUAAGGCGUACUCUAAAUGUUUAUUCUCUGAAAAGAAAAGAGGAAAAAACUGAUAGUAAGAUAUCUUCUGGUAACGUACAAACAACUGAAGACGAGAAAGUGAUUAUAACCACUAGUACAGUAAGAGCUAAAACACCGACUACUUUAGGUCUUAAAAGUAAUUUGAAAAAGAAAGAACAAGGAGGUGACAGUAAAUUUCUUGAAACAGUAGUUGACGAGGAUACUUAUCAAGAUGAAGUAUCUAAUAUACAAGUUAUUGGUGAUAAGAAACCCAAUGUGAUUACAAGUACAGUAAAACCAGAAUCACCUGCUACUAGCCCCUAUUCAUUGAAAAGGGAAGAAGGAAAUACAGAUGGCGAAACCCUUGAAGCACUCAUCAAAGAGAAUGCUGAGCAAGGCAAAGUGGCUAUUGAUAAUAUACAAAUAAUUAAAGAAAAGAAACCCAUUGUAUCAACGAGCACAAUAAAUCCCAAAACUGUUACCCUAAGUCCUCAGCUUUUACACAACGAAGAAGAAUACAUUGACAGUGAAUAUGUUGAAAAAAUAGUAAACGAGAAUACUGGUCAAAUCAAAGUAUCUCUAGAUGACGUAAAAAGUACUAGAGAUAAGAAACUCAGUGUAACUGCUAGAAGAGUAAAACCUACAACUUCUACUUCAAGUCUCUAUUCUCUGAAAAAAGAAACUGACAAUAAAUCUGUUAAAACAGUUGUACAGGAUAACACUGGUCAAAUCGAAUUACCCCUAGAUACCCUCAAAACUACUGGAGAUAAUAAACUCAGUCUUUCACUGAAUAAAGAUACUAACGUUGCGUCUGAUGUCACAUUAUUAAGCAAGAAAACUGGUCAAAACAAAGAAUCUAUUGGUAAUCUACAAGCUACUGGAGAAAAAAAAGUCACUGUAACUACAAGUACAAUAAAACCAAGAAGACGAACUCUAAGCCUUUCUUCUUUAAAAAGAAAAGAAGUAAAUCCUAAUACUAAACCUGUUUCAACACAGAAGACUGAUCGAGACCAGGUAACUACAAGUAACGAGCGAACUACUGGAGAGGAGAAACUCAGAGUAACUACUAGUACAGUAAAACCCAAAACUUCUACUUCAAGUCUCUAUUCUCUAAAAAAAGAAACUGACAAUAAAUCUGUUAAAACAGUUGUAAAAGAUAACACUAGUCAAACCGAAUUAGCUCUAGAUACCCUCAAAACUACUGGAGAUAAUAAACUCAGUCUGUCAUUGAAUAAAGACACUAACGUUGAGUCUGGUGUAACAUUAUUUAGCGAGAAAACUGCUCAAAACGAAGAAUCUAUUGGUAAUCUACAAGCUACUGGAGGAAAAAAAGACACUGUAACUACAAGUACAAUAAAACCAAGAAGACGAACUCUAAGCCUUUCUUCUUUGAAAAGAAAAGAAGUAAAUCCUAGUACUAAACCUGUUUCAACACAGAAGACUGAUCGAGACCAGGUAACUACAAGUAACGAGCGCACUACUGGAGAGGAGAAACUCAGAGUAACUACUAGUACAGUAAAACCCAAAACUUCUACUUCAAGUCUCUAUUCUCUAAAAAAAGAAACUGACAAUAAAUCUGUUAAAACAGUUGUACAGGAUAACACUGGUCAAAUCGAAUUACCCCUAGAUACCUUCAAAAUUACUGGAGACAAUAAACUCAGUCUUUCAUUGAAUCUUGACACUAAAGUUGCGUCUGUUGAAACAAUAGUUAACAAAAAUACUGGUCAAAACGAAGAAUCUACUGGUAACGUACAGGCUACUGGAGAAAAAAAAGUCACUAUAACUACUAGUUCAAUAAAACCAAGAAGACGAACUCUAAGCCUUUCUUCUUUGAAGAGAAAAGAAGAACAUUCUGAUACUAAACCUGUUUCAACACAGAAGACUGAUCAAGACCAGGUAACUACAAGUAACGGGCGAACUACUGGAGAAGAGAAACUCAGAGUAAUUACUAGUACAGUAAAACCCAAAACUUCUACUUCAAGUCUCUAUACUCUAAAAAAAGAAACUGACAAUAAAUCUGUUAAAACAUUUGUAAAGGAUAACACUGGUUCAAUCGAAUUAGCUCUUGAUACCCUGAAAAUUACUGGAGACAAUAAACUUAGUCUUUCAUUAAAUAAAGACACUAACGUUGCGUCUGUUGAAACAAUAGUUAACGAAAACACUGGUCGAAACAAGGUAUCUAUAGGUAAUGUACAAGCUACUCGAGAAAAUAAAGUCACUGUAACUACGACUGCAAUAAAACCAAGAACACGGACUCCUAACAUAUAUCCUUUGAAAAGAAAAGAAGAAAAUUCUCAAAAUAAACUAAUUGCAACACCCGUGAACGAGAACACUGAUCAAUACCAAGUAACUACAAGUGAUCUACGAGCUAAUGGAAACCAGAAACUCAGUGUAACUUCUAGAAUAAUGAAACCUCAGAGACGUACUUCAAAUCUUAAUUAUUUAAAAAAGACGGAAGAAAAUACUAGCAGUAAACCUAUUGAAACGUUUGUUAAUGAGAAUAUACGUCAAGAGAAAGCGUCUACUGGUGACUUACAAAAUAGUGGAGAUAAGAAGUUCAGCCUUAUUUCUAGUACUAUAGAACCUAAAAGACUUACUGUAAAUCUUGACUCUUUAAAAAUCAAUGAAGACAAUACUAAAAGUAAAUCUGUUGACACGUUUGUUAGUAAGAACUUUGGUCAUGAAAAAAUAUCUAUUGAUAACUUACAAUCUGAGCAAGCAACUAUAAAUGAGGAAGCUAAUUCAAAUAUUAGCACAAAAGAGCCUGAAAUACUUACUGUAAAUAGUGCAAUUUCUGAUCAUGGAAGUAAACGCAUUAUAAAAACUCAACGAAAAAUAGUAGUUAAAAAUACAGACGAAGGAAGUAAACCUAUUACUAUUAGUAGUGUCUCCAAUAAAGACGGUCACAUGAAAGUGGUGGCAGCACAAGCUCCUCAAUCAUAUGAAAAUUAUUUUCAAACUACUACACCAUAUACAAAAUUAGAAAAAACAACACAGAAUCAUGAUAAUUUUGUCCCUAUUGUUGGAGUACAUAAUUAUGUUUAUGCAUAUAAUGGGGAUUAUCAUUACAGCUACGAAGGUGGUGACGGUACUAAGGCUUUCGAGAGAGGGGAAUUAAAGUCUGCAGAUGGCAGUUCAAAUUCAUCAGGUGUCGUUGGUGGUUAUUCGUAUAAGGACAAAGACGGCAACGUCUUUAAUUUGUCUUACACAGCUGGAGAAGGUGGCUACCAACCAGUAGGUGCUCACUUACCAACGUCACCUCCAAUUCCACCAGCUAUUCAACGUGUUCUGAGAAUUCUAGCGACUAAAACUACACCAGAACCGAUCACUGAAAGAAUUAAAAGCGAUCACUGA